GGUGAUCUGGCUCGCUCUCUGCGGCGGCGCGGCCGCCUUCCAGGCUGGCCCGGCGCUGCGGCAGGUGCCGCGCCGCCACGCCGCUCCGGCCGCUCUCGCCGUCGACGGGCUGCACGACGCGCUGCAGCAGGGCAUGCACGGCGCGUCGCUGCUGCUAGCCGACCGGCCGCAGACGGCCGAGGCGAUCCGCGCGGCAGAGGGCACGCUGGGGUGGUGGGGGACGUACAUCAAGACCGUGGAGGACGGUCUGAUCACGCUGCACGACCUGCUCAGCGCGAACGGCGUGCCCAACGCGUACGGCCUCUCGAUCUUCCUCUUUGUGCUCGGCGUCAAGCUUGUGACGCUUCCGCUCAACUGGAAGCAGAUCGACUCGUCGGCGCAGAUGAAGGCGAUCAAGCCGCAGCAGGACCUGCUCAACAAGUGGUAUGCCGACAACACGCAGUUCAAGAACAACGAGAUCGGAACCCUCUUCGAGAAGGUUGACGUCAACCCGCUCGCCGGCUGCCUGCCGUCGCUCGCGCAGAUCCCGGUCUUCCUCGGCGUGUACUACUCGGUGACGGCGAUCGCAAAGGCAAAGAUCUUCGACGAGGGCUUCCUCUGGAUCCCCAACCUCUCCGGUCCCAUCUCGGACCGCACCGAGGGGCUCACCUGGCUCACGCAAGGGUGGGUGGACGGGCACCCGCGGCUGGGCUGGCACGACACUCUCUGCUACGUCUCGAUCCCGCUCAUCCUCGUCUGCGCGCAGACCCUCUCCCUCUACCUCCUCGGCUCCUUUGACGCGCUCGACGAGAGCGAAAACUCAAAGACGGCCGCCGUCGCGCUCCGCUUCCUGCCGCUGAUGAUCGGCUGGUUCUCCCUCAACGCCCCCUCCGGCCUCGGCCUCUACUGGACCUUCAACAACAUCCUCACCACCGCAACCACGGUGACCGUCAAGAAGCUGGUCGAGAAGCCGCUCCUCGAGGUCGAGACUUCCGCCCUGCUCGCCCAGGUCGGCCCCCGCCAGCCGGUCCGCCCGCCGCCCGACGACGCCGCCGCCGAGUGGGUGCCGGCGGGAGCGCCGUCCGCCGCGGUGGCAGCAGCAGCGUCGAGCAGCAGCAGCGCCGUCACGGCGCCGGCGGCCGAGUCCGCCUAGACGCGGGCGCCCUCGCCGGCGCCGCAGCAGAGGCGCCGAGAUGUCCCCUCUUCCAAUCCAGACACACGCACGUACACGCCGCUCACACUCCACGAUGCUGCUGUCGUCCCGCCGGUCACUGGGCGGGCCGUUGCUCGCUGGGCACUGCCACUGGCGGAAUCGUCGUUCCGCACGUCAGCAGCAUGUAUGUGUGUCCGCCCGCCGGCCCCGGGCCUGUGUGGUGUGUGCGCCGCCCCUGUCGCGAGCGCUUCUCUGUUCUCACUGUCUCGCGUCCGCGUGCCCGUGUGCCAGGGGUGAUUUUAUACUGUUUAGUGUUUUUUGGCGGCGUCUGAUAAAAGUCAUAAAAGUCUG